UUUAAAAAAGUGAUCAUUUUAGUUAGAUAAUAUGCAAAAGGUGUUUUUAAUACCCACCUUAUAAAAUUCAAAAUUCAAAGUUGGUCACUUACACUCCUGUGCAUAUAUUUGUGCUGUGAACGUGAAUCACGAGAAGUUAAGGUCGCAAAUUUAAAUUUUCAUACAAGGAGAUAGAGGAGAUUUUUAGAGGAUAAACUUACCACGUCUCUCCAAUGUUCGUGAUAAGAAUUGAGACCAACAGCUUUACGUGAUUUCAAAGGCAUGAGGUUUACACUGCAAUUUUUUACCAGCUUGACGUAAAUUGAGAAAGUGACAAAAAUUCCGCUUAGACUAUCCGACACUUGUCAAAAGAUGGUGAAACAGACCCAUUGCCAGUAUAAUUUUUUUAACAUUUAUAUUACAGCUUCACCAAUAACAGCGCCAAAAUGACGUCAAUAAGAGACAAAAACAAAAUGGCAGCAGCCUGUCCGGUGAUAAUAAAAGAGGCCAGUGCGAAAUGGUCACCCUAUCGCCCAAUGGUUUUAUGAAGGCUGCUAUAUAUAAGCGAGAUUUCAGCUCAGUACAGCAUCCGAGAGUUACGCGAGGUCACGUGUUGAUGAUAUGUACUUACCGUCAAGUGUACAUAACAAUAUAAAUAAUUAUUUUCGUUAACGCAUAAGUACAAAGUGAUAAAGCCUAUACCUGUGUACCUAAGCGAAAUGUAAUAUUAUUAUGUUAUUUUGAUUUAUCUUCUACAAAAUUUCAAAUAUUUUAUGACAAGGAUUAAGUUAUCAAAAUGGUAGGAAACGAAAAGCAAAAAUAUGUAAAUGGCGCUGAAACCGGCGGAGAUUUAAAAGACCUCAACAAAAUUAACUCACUGAAAUUAGAGGAGCAUUUUAAUAAAGAUCUAGUACCACAUUAUAUUAAGGAUGAAUCGCCUCCGGGUGAACGUGUAAAAUUUGAAGGUCUAGGUGACAUAGACAGUAUAUGUUCCGAAGAGACUGACAAGCUGCCACCAAUACCAGACGGAGGAUGGGGUUGGGUGGUUGUAUUCGCAGCUUUCCUAACAGCGUCAUGUGCUGAUGGUCUCACAUACUCAUUCGGUAUACUUCACGAAGAAUUUAUCAACUAUUUUCAAGAUUCACAGUCGAAAACAUCUUUAAUAGGUAGUCUAUUUAUAUCAAUACCAUUGAUCUCCGGACCAAUAAUGAGCGCUUUAGUAGACAGGUAUGGAUGCAGGACUAUGAACAUGACCGCUGGUAUCUUAUCGACUGUUGGUUUUAUACUAGCUUCACUGAGCAGUAGUAUUGAAAUGUUAUGUGUAACAUUGGGUGUUAUAAGUGGAUUUUCAAUGGGAAUCUUUUAUGUUACUUCAGUAGUAUCAGUUGCGUUCUGGUUCGAUAAGAGAAGAACUUUAGCCGUGUCUAUAGCCCACACCGGUGUAGGAUUUGGUACGUUAGUGUACUCGCCGCUGACUAACUAUUUACUUCAAAUAUACGAUUGGAGGAAUACGCUCGUUUUGUUGGGUGGUACCGUUUUAAAUAUGUGCGUGUGUGGUGCUUUAAUGAGAGAUCCAGACUGGAUAAUUAUCAAGGAACAUAGAGAAAAAACAGAGGCGAAAAUAAGAUCUAGAAAGUCAUCUAGCGCUGGAUCAGUAUCUUCAAAAUCGAUUGGCGGUGAAUCGGUUUACCUCAAUGCAGAUGAAUUGAACGAUUUAUUGAAAAGUGGUAGAAAUCCUGAGUAUAUUUUGGCGAUGCUCACGACGUCUGUAGUUGAAGCCGAAAAGCUGGAGGCAACUACGCAAAUGAAUGCGGAAAUCGCAACCAAGAGAGCAAAUUCUGAUGUACACCUGCCUACAUUUAUUCAACAUCAUGAUCAAGUACCAGCCGAGGUAAUAGAAAAAUUAAUGACAAACAAACGGCUUUACAAUAUAAUACUCCACAAUUAUCCACAUUUACUCGUGCGGAGAAGAUCAGAAGAAAAUACGAACGUAGAACCUCCUAUAGCUUUUAAAGAACCAACUAAAAUGAAUUUGACAUUAAUGGCUAAGAAACCUAAAACACAAAGUGAAGAUAAGAAAGAGAAUUCCGAGCAACCGAAAGAAGUAAAAAAAGUCUUAGCUGUUAAAGAAGAAGGAGUGAAAGUAGCAAAUGUAGCAGCCGUCUCUAAGGAGCCGGCCCAGCAAACGAAUUGGAUAUCAAGACAGAUUUACACUGAUCACCAUUACUUAAGAGAUAUGCCUUUAUACAAAAACACGAUAAUGUAUCGAGGUGCAAUGAUGAAUAUUCCACGGUAUAAGCUGAGGACAUCGUCUCUGCCUGAUAUCUACAGAAAUUCUACGUGGUCGAUAUGGUCCGGUUCUGAUAACGAAAAGAAAUGGUACGAUCGCUUGGUAGAAGGACUGAAAUCCACCUUCGACUUCCGGAUGUUCACCGAAUUCCACUUCUUCCUCUUCAACAUGGCGUCGCUGCUCCUCGCCGUGUGGGCCAUCAUUCCUUACUUCUUCCUCAAGUCCUUCAUGUCCGACGUCAACAUGGAAGGUGGUGCGACUAUGAUCGCGAUUGUUGGUAUCGCCAGUGGGAUGGGUAUUGUGGUACUAGGAUGGGCCGGUGAUCAACCCUGGCUGAACGUCACAAAAGCGUUCGCCGUUUGCUUAUUCGUCUGUGGUAUUUCAAUCGGCGCGUACCCCCUGUGCAUCAAGAACUACUGGGCAUUGGCCACCGUGUCUGUGGUAUUCGGGUGGUCUUACGCGAGCUCCUACGCGUACACCCCAGCUAUCCUCAUACAGCUGGUGCCCAUAGAUUACUUCACGUUGGGAUAUGGAUUGAUCCUGCUGAGUCAAGGCAUCGGCCAUCUAUGUGGACCUCCUCUGGGUGGUCUGCUCUACGACAUAACCCAAAAUUGGGAUAUAACGUUUUACGUGGGCGGUGUGUGGGUGAUUUUUGCGGGAGUGCUAAUAGGUAUUAUCCCUUACACAAACAACGUGCGCAUGUGUGGGUCAGCCCCCCUGCUAAAGGAUCUGGAAGAUGGCACGAGUACCAAGAACUCAAUGCAUAUGCAUGUGUGAAUACAGGAGUGGCACUUGACACAUGCAUGCUUACCAAAGCUUAGGAUUUACGUUUUUAUAGGAUUAGGUUAA